AUGCAAUUCAAAGAAAAUUCAAAACGUUUUUUGUUGACAUUCCUAGCACUUUCGGCUAGCCUAGUCCAAGCUUUCACCAUUCCGCAAGCACCGCCAUCCAGUAGCAGACCUAUCCCCGGUGAUUCUCCAUUACUACAGUGUGAUAUAUCGGAAAGACAAAUACUUAACAUAGACCAAAUUGAUUUAUCACCUAACCCGCCAGCAAGAGAUAGCAAGUUAGAAAUAUCUGCGUCAGGCCAAAUAUUUGGUACAAUUGAGAAAGGGGCAUAUGUCGAUGUUGAAGUCCGCCUAGGUUAUAUUAAGUUACUAACACAAACCUUUGACCUUUGCGAGACUUUAGAAGAAAAUGACGUCGAUGAAUUAACCUGCCCGAUCAAAGCUGGUUCGUAUGUCUUAUCUAAAUCGGUAGACAUCCCAGCUGAGGUACCUCCAGGAAAAUACAUUGUUGUAGCAAGGGCAUAUACUGUCGACGAUGAUCUGAUCACAUGUAUUACCGGUGAAGUUAUUUUCCCCGCGAAGUAUUUACAUUGA